CACUCCCCCGCUCCACACCUCCUCCUCCUCGCCGCCGCCGCCGCCGCAUGGCGGUGCUCCUCGCGCUCCUGGUCGCGCUGGCGCCGGCGCUGGCCGCGUCGCAGGCGCCGGCCGUCAGCCCGCCGCCGACGUGGGCGUUCCCCAACCCGCGCCUCCGCCAGGCGUACGUCGCGCUCCAGACGUGGAGGCGCACGGCCAUCUUCUCCGACCCGGCCAACUUCACCGCCGACUGGGUCGGCCCCGACGUCUGCGCCUACACCGGCGUGUACUGCGCGCCGCACCCGACCGACGGCCGCGUGCGCGUCGUCGCCGGCCUCGACCUCAACCACGCCGACAUCGCCGGGUACAUCCCGGCGUCGCUGCCGGAGGGGCUCCCCGACCUCGCGCUGCUCCACCUCAACUCCAACCGCUUCUGCGGCGUGCUGCCCGACACCUUCCUCCACCUCAGGCUGCUCCACGAGCUCGACAUCAGCAACAACCGCUUCGUCGGCGGCUUCCCGGAGGUGGUGCUCUCGCUGCCGUCGCUCAGGUACCUCGACCUCAGGUUCAACGACUUCGAGGGGGCCAUCCCGCCGGCGCUGUUCGACCGCCCGCUCGACGCCAUCUUCCUCAACUCCAACCGCCUCACGCGGCCCAUCCCGGCGAAUCUUGGCAACUCGCCGGCGUCCGUCGUCGUCCUCGCGCACAACAGCCUCGGUGGUUGCAUCCCGCCGUCCAUCGGGAGGAUGGCCGAGACGCUCAACGAGAUCGUGCUCAUCGACGACGAGCUCACCGGAUGCGUCCCGCCUCAGGUCGGCCUGCUCAGGAAGGUGACGGUGUUCGACGUCAGCGGCAACCACCUCCAGGGCCCGCUUCCGGGGAGUGUCGCCGGCUUGGCCGCCGUCGAGCAGCUCAACGUCGCCGGGAACCUCCUCGAGGGGCCGGUGCCGGCGGGCGUCUGCGGGCUGCAGAGCCUCAAGAACUUCACCUACGAGGACAACUUCUUCUCUUCGCGGCCGGGGUGCUCGGCGGCGACCGCCGACGGCCGGUGGAACUGCAUCCCUGGUGCUCCGGCUCAGCGACCGCCGGCGCAGUGCGCCGCCGCGGCUGCCCACCCGUUCGACUGCAGCAAGGCGCAAUGCCAGGCAGCGCCGCCGCCAACUCGGCGCCCAGGAGGCCGCACGCCGCCUUCUCCUCAUGGAUCGCCAUUGCCACACCACAUGCCUCCGAGAAGGACGCCGCCGAGCUCGCACACCCCAUCUCACCCGUCGCCGCCGGGGACCUACGGUCCACCACUCAUGCCGCCGCCGCCGCCAACCUACAGCGAGAGCCCCAAAUCCUCAAUGCCGCCAUCAACGGCGCCACCGUCGGACAGCUCUCCUCCAUCCCCCAGCUACCAGCCGCCGUCCUCGUCGACACCUCCCGGCCAACCCAUGGCCUCGCCGCCCACAGAGCACCCGGGCUACGUGCUGCCGCCGCUCACGCCGCCUCCCAGCUCACCAGCACCGCCGACAACGCCAAGCCACCACCCUCCCGUCCCGGGAACGCCAUCGUCGCCGCCAAGCUCCUCUUGGUCAACACCACCACCGCCACCUCAAGGCGGGAAGCUGCCGUUCCCGCCGGUGCACGGCGUGGCAUACUCGUCGCCGCCGCCGCCGCCAGCCGCGGAUCCCGCAGCAGGAGGGAAGCUGCCGUUCCCGCCGGUGUACGGGGUGUCAUACUCGUCGCCACCGCCGCCGUCGUCGUCGAAGCCAUACAACUAGGUAGCUCUCGCGCCGUUUCGACCGGUCGCCGCCUCCGCGGCCGGUCGCCGUCGUGGUUAAAUCCACCAGUACAUCUUUCACUGUAGCUGCGCCUUUGCCGGGCAUCACCACCGCCAUUAGUUUCCAUUUUUCUCUUUCUUUGAGGUUGUUUGGUCAGAUUGAAUUCAAAGGCUCUGUGGAUUCUUUCUUUCUCCGUCUCCUACUACCUUUUGAUGAUCUCUUUUUCUCCCCAUCUUUUUGAUGAUCUUUUCUUCCAUCACACAUCACCUGCUAAGAUUAGCAUUAGCUUUAGUCAGGGUGCUGGGACGCGACGGCGGAGCGGUCAAAUGGGCGGCGCCGGCGGCGGCAACGACGACGACGAAGCUGUGCACCCGGCCGACACCGUCACAUGAGGCAUUCCGUUCGUUCGAGAUGCUUCGGCAUUGUUACAGUUGCCGUAGCAGCAGCAGCAGCAGCUAGUGGGGGUGGUGGCCGGCGGCGGUUGGCCACCAUUUACUGCUCGAGCUCGAGGACAGGAGGAAGCCGGAGCCUCGUCGAGGACGGGGGCAGGAAUUUUUUUUUACCGUUAUUAAUUUACCUGUCUCGGGGUCGGGGCCGUGUACGUGUCACGUGACAGCGGGUCCAGUAAAAACGAAACCGCUCCAUGUUCACUUCUGCAGCGUAGGAGCUGACCGGAAAUCGUGUUUAUCGUUUU